AGUAAACGUCUUAUUGAUUUCCUAUCCCCAUGGUCCCCUUUCGUAGCGCAUCAAUUUGGAAUUGAUGCCUUUUUACUGUUUGGACAAACUUGAUUCGUUCGAGAUUUCCUAAACAAGUUUAUGAUUGUGAUUAGCUUGUCAUACAUUUCUGCAAUUGUGACGAUUUUCGCAUGAUGAAUGUUUUGGUUUAUCAUGAUGUUGACUUUCACUUAUUCAGACCACAGGUACUAGAGUAAAUACAUAGAACAAAGUAUGCAGAAAGAUGUAUGGCCAUUGCCUCGAGGUGCGGCCCGUAAAGGUGUCCGAUCUUCUGGGCGCGAUGAGCGCAAGUCCUGAACCUAGUUCGGUACCGAAAGCUGGUACAGAUGAGACGAAUGAAGGUCACGUAGAAGAUGAGGUCCUCGCGCCUCCUUUGGACCUGGAUGCAAACCUUGGAUACGGACUUUUCGUGAAGGCUGGAACCACAGACAAGGCUUAUUCCGACGAGGAACACGCUUUGUUACCAUCGGAGGCAAAGAAUGACGAUACGAGCCGCAUGAAGAAAGAUCUGGCCUUCGCACCUGGAGACGCAAUUCAUUGCUCGAUGAUAUUGGAAAAGGACAUCCAGGUGGGCGACGAAGCGAAGACUAUGCAUUCUAUCCAAAUCGGUGAAUGCGACAAUUGGGCGUCCGACGGUAGCUUGUUGCGCUUUUUGCAACAUUCGUAUGAUCCCAACUGUGCCUUUCGCAUUAUGGAGGAUGUAACGACGUCGAGAAAUAGUAGGGGAAGUGGUACUUCUACGAAUGGACAGGGAGACGAGCAGAUUCAAAACGCUUGUACCAAUCCACCAAAAAGUCCACGAGGUCCAAGCGAAGAACGCCCCACGAGGGGUUGCAUGGUUUUGGUAGCGCGUCGUCAUAUUCGCGCUGACAAAGAAGUGCUGACAGUGAACUACAAUUCUUUUGAGUAUGGAAAGUUGUCUGAACCCUUCCGCUGCGCCGUAAGCGGAAAAUACGUCAAUGGAUUUGCAGCGGCGUCUGAUUCCGAAAAAUGCUUUCUGAUAGAAUGCGGUUUGGCUUUCGAACACAUCCUAAAAAUGCACGAGGAAGAUAUCAAGGAAUAGACAUGUUUAUUAGUUUUUUAAGUACAUAGUAACUGCAGCGUGCGAAACUAUUCCUGCGUGUGUACAGAUAUUAUAUAUGAAUAGUUGUGAAAUCUCCACGUCCAGAUCGUUGUCGGCGUUGUUGUUCAACAUAAGUUUGUUUCGUGUUUGUUGGCAUCUUCACUGUUAUUCUGCGCUUCUGCUUUCAAUUCCAUAGCGAUAUAGACGGCAACUCAAGACGAAGCAUACGCUUACGCAUACGAGACUGGCCGCGUGUCAGAACUGCAUUUUCAUGAUGCAGCCGCACAUAAAGGACUUUGACGCGAUUUUUUUAAACAAAAAAAUGGUAGAGAUAAUAUUUCAU